AUGUUCUCUAGCGCGCUCAAGUCCUUCACCUCGAACAUCACAUCCAACUACAUCAUCUCCGCGCAACCAACAACCAGCUCAGGACCAUGGAAGAUCUUCGACGCCAAGCGCAAGUCGACUGGCAAGGCAGCCUCCGUCUUUGUGUUCGACAGAAAGUCGCUCGAACCCUCAGGAGCCAGUCUCGGUGGACGAAGCAGCGCUGCUGCCGUAAAGAGAGUGCAUGAGGAGGUGCUGGAGCGAUUGAAGAAGGAGGCAAGCGCGCUCGCCAGACUGCGGCAUCCCAGCGUCCUCGAGCUCGCCGAGCCGGUGGAGGAAACGAGGACUGGACUGAUGUUCGCUACCGAGGCGGUGAGCGCAAGUCUGGCAAGUCUGCUGAGUGAGAAGGAUGAGCAGGAGCGGGGCGGUGGAGUGGGAGGACGAGGCAGCAGGUUCGUGGUAGAGGAAGCGGAUGGGACAAAGCGGAGGCGUGAGCUCGAGAUAGAUGAGCUGGAGAUUCAGAAAGGACUGCUACAGUUGGGAAAGGGGCUAGAGUUUCUCCAUGAAAGUGCUGGCUUGGUGCACGCCAAUCUGACCCCUGAGGCUGUACUCGUCAAUGCCAAAGGCGACUGGAAGAUCUCUGGAUUGGCCUUUGCAGGACCGCACGAGAGCAGCACGGCGGCGACGAGUUUAACGGCAAUCAGCUUGAGUGAAGUGCUCAACCUGGAUCCACGGCUACCAAGGAGCGUGCAAUUAAAUCUCGACUAUACUUCUCCAGACUUCGUUUUGGACAACAGUCUCACUGCUUCCGCAGACAUCUUCAGUCUGGGGUUGAUUAUCAUCGCUCUCUACAAUUCGCCACACACCUCGCCGCUGAGCACCAAUGGCUCGCUGUCUGCCUACAAGCGCCUCUUCUCCAGCUCCUCCAACGUCCCGACACAGAACAACAACUUCCUCGUGCCGUCCUCACACCCUCUACCGCCUAAACUUGCGUCAGAGUUACUACCCCGACUCAUCACACGACGACCUGCUCAGCGCCUAUCAGCAAAGGAGUUUCAACAAGCCAGCUACUUUGACAACAUUCUUGUAUCCACAAUCCGCUUCCUGGACGCAUUGCCAGCCAAGACCCCAAACGAGAAGGCUCAAUUCCUUCGAGGACUGCCACGCAUUAUGCCACAGUUCCCGAAGACUGUGCUCGAAAAGAAGGUUCUGCCUGCUUUACUGGAAGAGACGAAGGAUCGAGAGCUGCUUGCACCGAUUUUGAGCAACGUCUUCGCCAUGAUCAAAGGAAUGCCUAACGGUAAACGAGCCUUCACAGACCAAGUGGUUCCGAAGCUCAAGGAGGUCUUCGUUAUGUCCAAGGCGACAAGUGAGAGAGACACUUCUCGGGAAGCCGGCCUCAUGGUUCUGCUUGAGAAUAUGAACGUAGCCGCCGAGAACUGCUCAGGCAAAGAGUUCCGAGAAGACCUCCUUCCUGUCAUCCUACUGGCCCUCGAAUCACCUACCCAUGCCCUUGUGGACGCUGCGCUGAGCACUCUGCCUUCGGUGCUCACAGUAUUGGACUUUAGUACCAUCAAGAACGAUCUCUUUCCCGUCAUUGCGAACGUCUUUGCCAAGACUAGCAGUCUAAACAUCAAGAUUCGAGGUCUGGAGGCUUUCUACACGUUGAUCGGAGGCAGCUCGUCUGGAAGCUCGACUACCGAUAACGACGACAUCAACGGCUUCAGCACUACUACUAAGAGGGCUACAAACACUAGCUCUGCUGCCAUACUGGACAAGUUCACCAUACAGGAAAAGAUCGUACCUCUCCUCAAAGCCAUUAAAACCAAAGAGCCUGGUGUAAUGAUGGCGGCGCUGAAGGUUUUCCGACAGCUAGGCGAUAUCGUGGAUACUGACUUUCUGGCAAUGGACGUACUACCUACCUUGUGGAGUAUGUCACUUGGCCCGCUCUUGAACUUGGACCAGUUUCAGGAAUUCAUGACUUUGAUCAAAGGAUUGGGCGGACGGAUUCAGCGGGAGCAGGUAAAGAAGCUGCGAGAGCUGGGAAGUGGUGGCGGCUCCAGUAGUGUAGGUGCGGGUCUGGCAAGUCGUAGACAGACUGGAGGCGCGUCGACAGGACUCAAUGGCAUGGAAGGAGAAGCAGACUUCGAAACACUGGUAUCCGGGCGCAAGGCUGGUGCGAACGGCAACGGCGACUUGAUGAAUGACUGGGCUGCACCAGCGCGUCCAACGAAUAAUGUCCGAAGUCAAAGCCAUCAAGAUCAGCCGAUGUUCUCGUGGCAGUCUGGCAACCACAAUGCGAGCAUGGCGCAGCCGCAGCCCAGCUCCAUGAGCAGUCUUCGCGCGACUGGACAAUCUUCAAGUCGGGCGAUCACUCCAGACCAGACACUUUCAUCGUUCGCUGCCCUCGCGCCAAGCAGUACGCAGUGGUCUCAGCCUCUGCAGCCCCAAUCGCACAACUCCACGAUACCCAUGCGGCCCGCUCAACAGCAGCAGAAGUCUUUCACGUCGCCAGCCGCAAGCAACAGCAUCGACUGGUCGGCGGCAACUCAACAGCGCUCCUUCCCACCCCCGCCACAAUCUCAGUCUAGUGCCAACAGCUUCGGCAGUACGAGCAGGCCAGCCGCCAACGCAUACAGCUCGUUCACGCUCUCGCCUCCACCAACGAGUCCACAAGCUGUUGGCGCAUUCUCUGCGCCGCCUUCACGACCACCUAACAGCGGGACAUUCGCUGGUACUCAGCAGCCGCAGCAGAGCCAGCAGCCUCAGAAGAGCGGGCUGGACAGGUACGAGAGCUUGUUGUAG